AUGCCAACAACGCGUGUUCCAGCAUACAGAUGUGGUACAGAUUGGUCAGGCUGGUUGGAUGGUGCUCAUUCUACAGUGGAAGACAGUGAAGUCUCCAGCACGGUCUGCUUUAGUUACCGUGUGACGGGUUGCAAUAUUUAAUCAUUAUUUCAGUUAAAAAAUUUGUAUCGUUUUACAACUACAAACUUGCUCAGCCCCCUGGUUGCAAUUCACGCUAUUGCAGCACGCACUAAAACUGUUUCUAAUAACUUCAUAAAAUGAGACACCUCAUAAAUAGAUCCUUGCAAACAAUGUACUUCACGACUCACAAUAGUCCAUUUCUUAUCGAAAUCGUUAAUAUCAUCGUUAUAACUUGGUGCAUAUUGGCAAAUUUUUACGUCGGUGGCGAACUGAGUUCUAAUGAUGGUAGGUAUCAAAUAUCGGUUUCAUCAUUUACAAAGACUUCUUGAGUCUUAUCUUUUUAGGAGAUAAUAGUUAAACAGGGCAGUCCAGAAUGGCUUUGGUACUUACGUAUUCUUGAAAUUAUAUUGAUUGAAGUUAGUGACUUUGUGCUACCUUGAAAAAAUUACGACUGAAAGACACGUGAUAAAAAGCGUACUAUGAUAUUCCGUUUUUUAUUCACGACAUCUUCUGUAUUUGUGGGGUUCAAAAUGUUUCGGCUUUGUUAUAAUAAUAUUCCUGGAUUAAAACCAUGUGUCAAAGGUGGCCUGCCAUCUGUUGUCAAUUUGCUCUGCAAUCACGAUUAUACUAUGGCUGCUAUGAAUUUGAAGUGGAAGUUCAAUUUAAAAACUAUUGAAAAUAACUUCAUUUUUCAUCCUUGCUUUAACGUCCGAGUUCGAAGAGGGUUUGCUCAAAUCUGGUGCUCAGAUCCUUUUGAACCCAUGGCCAUCAGCGGAUUACGUAGUAAUUUCGGUCCCAUACUUCCGUUUCCCCGUUCCUCCUUCGCUGUUCCCGGUUCCUCCACCUCCGUUCCUGGUUCUUCCUUCUCCGUUCCCGGUUCCUCCACCUCCGUUCCUGGUUCUUCCUUCUCCGUUCCCGGUUCUUCCUUCUUCGUUCCCGGUUCUUCCUUCUCCGUUCCCGGAUCUCCGUUCCCGGAUCUCCGUUCCCUGUUCUCAAUUCCUCGUUCUCCGUUCCUCGUUCUCCGUUCUUCGUUCUCCGUUCCUCGUUCUCCGUUCCUCGUUCUCCGUUCCUCGUUCUCCGUUCCUCGUUCUCCGUUCCUCGUUCUCCGUUCCUCGUUCUCCGUUCCUCGUUCUCCGUUCCUCGUUCUCCGUUCCUCGUUCUCCGUUCCUCGUUCUCCGUUCCUCGUUCUCCGUUCCUCGUUCUCCGUUCCUCGUUCUCCGUUCCUCGUUCUCCGUUCCUCGUUAUUCGCUCCUCGUACUCCGUUCCCCGUACUCCGUACCCCGUACUCCGUUCCUCGUUCUUUGUUUCCCACUCUAACUUUACCGUUCCCUGUUCCUCGUUCCUCUAUCUUCAUUGCCCAUUCUCCGUUCCUUGUUGGAACAACAUCCUACCACUGCUAUGAUACAACAAUGGUCAUUUGAAACAUCGAUUUCCGAAACAUCUCAUUGCCAUGAGUGCUCUUAUAGGAAAAAAGAAUCUUUUAAUUCUCAGAUUUACCCUCAAUCGAAAAAAGUUUCAGAUUGGUUUAUACACAACGGAGUUUACUGGCGAGCUGCUGCGAAUUCUGUCAGCUAUAAGGGUGCAUCAGAAGAAAAAAAAAGUUCAAAGUUCACAGCUUAGAAACCCCAACGAAGGUUUUAAGGCGGAUAAUUCGCCGUCGUUUUGUACAUCAGGGAAUUUGGUAUAGUUGAGAUAAAAAGUGAAGGAAGGAUGCAAUGUAAUUCACUGAUUCAUGAGUAAGAACAUUUUCUAAAUUGAUUUGCACUUUUUUGUGCAUGUGUACGAUAGAAUACCAGGAAAAUUGUUUAAGAGCCCGAUGAAAUAUUUCAAGAAAGUCAGUCGGUCAGCCGUGCGCCCACAUAAAGUGUUCUGGAUUUGGUUGAUCGUGACAAAACGAGUUUUUUGUUUUUUUGUUUUUUUGUUUUUGUUUUUUUUUCUCGUUAAAACCUAGAUCAAAAUUUUAGUCGACUUUUAGCACACCAAUUGAUUCGUACCCAGCUCGGACCUUUCGUACUCAGGGUAAUUUAAUAAAUCUACUGAGUUAAUAAUGUAAAUUGGCCAUCGUUAAGAGUUUAAAGACGUUUCGAGCGUUAGCCCUUCCUUCAAUCGCUCUGACGAAGGGCUAACGCUCGAAACGUCAGCUUUUAAACUCUCUAUGGUAGCCAAUUCACGUUAUAAACUUAGCUGAUGAUAAAAGAUUACCUUGUUAUACUGACCAACCGACGCAGCACCUGAGUUUCUUUAGAAACUUACCCCCGAUAUCCUUUUGUACUCAGUCACAUUAAUCGUUUAAAGUCCAAACUAAUAAAGUUUUUUUUAACACUUUAACCCAUAAUUUCUCCUUACAAUAUCACCCCUGAAUCAAACAGGAACGUCACGAGAGUAAAGAAAAUGAUCACCAACAAAAGAAGCUCUUGAUUGUUACACAAAUUCUCCUUGUCAGAACUACAGGUAGUGUAUAGAGAAAGUGUGGAAAAUAUGCAUACUGAUGUUAGGUUGCACAUAAUUAAAGUAAGAUCUGUUUCAAGUGUUCAUUGGCAAUAUAAUCUGUGUCAAAGAUUUCCCUGAGCGGCAUAGACAGAAAAAGUAACUGCGGUUGUGUUAUUGGAUAUGACUAAGGCAUUUAACAGCAUAAACCAUGAAAUUGUACUGAAUAAGUUGCAAGACAUUGGCAUUUCACCCUUUGGCAUCACUUAAUUUAACAGUUAUUUAUCUGAAAGACGCCAAACUCUUUAUCUUCUUUCCAAUCCAAGACUGUGCAAAAUCAGUCUCUGAUAUUAAUAAAGAUAUACUCAGAAUUCGUAAUUAGUGCCUCGAUAAUCGUCUUCUUAUGAACCCAGAUAAGACCCAGCUCAUGCUAUACGGAAGUUUCCAAACACUCUCCAACCUCCCUGACGUCUGUUUGUCGUUGUUGAGGAAUGAUCCUAUACCCGCAAAAGCCGUUAAAGAUCUUAGCUUUACAUUGGAUCCGAACCUCAUUUUUUACGAUCACAUCCUUAAAACUGUUUUGUCCUAUAUGUCCAGCCUUGUUUAAAUCAGUCGUGUAAAGCAUAUAUUUGAUAGAAAUACUCUAAUAGCCAUGAAUAAUACCCUCGUAUUCAGUAACCACACAUCUACUUGAGAUUCAAGCUGUACAGAACUUCGCCACCUGGAUCAUCAGCAACACCAGGAAGUUCGGUAACGUAACUAUGAAAGUUCCCAACCUUGACGUUACGUCACUAUCAAAAGAUCGAUGAAGAUUUCUUUUCGCUAGUGUAAUUUAACUUUGUACGCGAUCCGUGUUAAAAAUGCACAAACCUGAGUGAUGCCGUUAGAAAGAGCAGUUACUCAGCACCGGUAUAUGAACUAGCCUUUUUAUCAGGGGUGGUGGGGGGUGGUUAGGGUAUUUGUCUUUGACUAGCAAAGUUCUGGACUAAAUCAUACAUGUUACUCACCAGAGAACUCACGAAACUUGGAUUAGUCCUUCAUUCUGUGGGGUUCUUGAGGCUACUUCAUUGCGAUAAGAACAGCGAAAAUUUCUUUCGUUAUAGCCGAUCCGUGUUAUAAGUAUCAGAACCUGAGUGAGGCCGAUAGAAAAAUCAGUUACUUAACACCUAUCAAUCUAGAGUUAUGUGACAACCUCCUCACCGAGGGAUGGUAUCGUUUCGUGGGAGCUGCUGAAACUAAAAUGCUAACAACGCGUGUGCCAGCAGUGCAGUCAGGCUGGUUGGAUGGUGCUUAUCCUACAGUGGAAGAUGGUGAAGUUUCCCGG